AAAAAUGAUAUUUGUUUUCUUGGUGAUAAUUCUUCAUUUCGUCCGUUUUGAUGAUCUCCAGUAAAUAUAUCACGCUUUUGGGAGUUUCCUUGGUAUUUUAGGAAGUUUUUUGAAGUCAAAGAUAGAAAUCCUUGACAAGUCCUGUUCAUUUUGUCCUACCUUGCUGGAGCACAGACCUGGCAUGAAGCUGACAUUACGAUGAGUUCUAAGUCUAAAGGAAAACCAAAGGCUGAGGGAUCUUCCGCAAACAUGGCCGCCAACGGAACCGACGACGCCAACGACCUUCUGACGUGUUGCAUCUGUUUAUACGCAUACGACGACGUCAACCGUCUGCCAAAACUCCUCCCCUGCCAUCAUUCGUUCUGUCUUGACUGCCUCAUACAGCUCGCGCGGAACCAGGUCAAGUUCGAUUGUCCGAAUUGUCGUCGAACUGUCGAAUUGGAAGAAGCUGGCGACGUGUCCAUUCUCCAAACGAACUUCUACGUCACGCACAUGAAGGAGUUAAUGACCCUGAAGCGUAAAAAGAAGCCGCGUGGUUGCAAGCGCCAUAGUCAACCUUUGACGUUCUUUUGCAUAAAGUGUGAGAUCCCGGUGUGCCAGGAGUGCACGUACGCCGAGCACUCCGCCGCUAACGGCCACAGUAUUCAAGAUUUGAAGAAUGCUGUGGACGAGCAACGGCGUACCGUCGAGAUGGAGAUUUCGGAAGCGCAGGGUACAAUCAUGACGAAUAUGUCACAAUCGAAAUACUUGGACGCUGAAAUUAGUAAUCUGUUUGCGAGUAAGGAGACCACCCUGGCCCAUAUUGAUAAGACGUUCGACACGUUUAUUCAGUAUAUCAAUCGCCGUCGUAAUAAACUGAAAGAACAAGUGAACGAAAUUCAUAGAGGGCGCCGCGAUACCAUGAAUCGCCAUUUAGAGGAUUUGAAGCAGCAAACGUCGAGACUUAGCAACGCAGUUGAGCAGUGCGAGACUGCCGUAUCCAUUGGUUCAAUAUCUGACAUGGUAUCAACGAAAACUAUGAUGCGUAACAAACGAUCGGAGACGCAGAAAAAUACUCGUAAAGUUCGCGUGGGGCCAAAUAAUAUCAAAUUCGACCAAAAACAGGGUGAGGAUAGAUUCUUUAGCUGCCUGCAGGAACUCGGUAAAGUGCUCUGUGAUAGUAUGCUGCCCUCUAUUGUGGAGAUUCGUCCCCAUCCGUCGGUCGCUAGUAUCUUCGCGAGAAUAUCUAUGACUCUUUAUAGUUACAACGGCGACAAGAUCGAACAGAAUGCAAACGACGAAUGUCCGGUCACCGUGGAAGUGAAAGAUCCAGAGGACUACCAUAUCCGCAACAUGGUGCAGUACCGCGGCAAUGGUGCCUAUGACAUCACGUAUCGUCCACAAAUCUCGGGUGAUCAUUACCUCAAGGUCUUAUUCAAAGGUCACCCGAUCAAAGGUGGCGAUUACGUUGUACCUGUUCACAGCAACAACCCGGUGUUAAAGUUUGGCAAAAAGGGUGAGAAAGCGUGCGGGGAGUUUAUGUACCCUCGUGCCGUCUGUGUGGACAAAAAGAACUGUGUGUAUGUGGUUGAUACGGGCAACUGCUGCAUCCAGAAAUUCAGCCACGUGGGCGAGUUCAUAUUCCAGUUUCAGAUCAUUAAAGAAAAUGACGCGUAUUCAGGGUGUGGUAUCGCGAUAAAUCAUGAAACGAAUGUCCUCCUAUGCACUGAGGUUUGUGUUGACUCCGCUGACCUCUCGUCUGCACAUUCCGUGCUGUUCUACUCAAUGGAGGGUCAGUUGAUUCACCGUAUCUCCGACCCGGUCAACAUGAAACGUGGAUUGUGUGUCGCCGUCAAUAGCAUCGGCCAUAUCAUCGUUGCCGACUUUGAGAACAACUUCCUGCUCAUCUACGACAAACAUGGCCGUCUGAUUAAGAAAAUCGGCCAAUCGGGUAGCGCUGCGGGUCAAUUCAAUCACCCGACGUUCGUCUGUGUGGGUCAGGACGACAGAAUCAUCGUCUCGGAUGCAGACAAUAACCGGAUCCAAGUCUUUGAUAAAGAUGGUAGCUAUUUGUAUCAUUUUGGUAGCAAGGGGUCUGGGAAGGGAAAGUUUUCGCAGCCAUUUGGCGUCGGCGCUGACGUUCACGGAAACGUUUUGGUUGUCGACAGUGGGAACAAGCGCAUCCAAGUUUUCAAACAGGAUGGGACGUACGUAUCGAGUAUCGAGAGUUUGGAUGAUAUGCUGUUUGCACCGCGGGGAAUCGCGAUAACGUCCGAUGGACACGCAUGGGUGGCUGACAGGGACAAUCACUGCAUCAAGAAGUUCAGAUACAUGUAAACUUUCACUUCUGAUGUGAUGCGUCUGCUUGCAUAUUUUGUUUUAGAGUGACAGUAGAGUAGUGUACAUGCAUGUAUAGUAAAGUUGUAAAAAACUAUAGUACUUGUCUCAUGAAACAGAUCGAACAAAAUUGUUGGAGAAUGGGACCAUUCCACUCAGACUUAAGAUUAUUUUGUCUUGUGGGGGUGAAUCUUAAACGACUUUGCUCACUUGGCCACUGUCGUAAUGAGUACGAAUCUUGGCAUGAUCUAUAUAUAAAUGUCCUUGACCUUGCUCUUGACUUACCGAGUGACUCCGUUCUCUGCAAGCAUCAACAUGAUUUAUAUGAUCUAUAGGGCAAAGAUUUGAAAACUCGCUGGUUUUGAACUUUCGUUUGGAGAUGGGAGUGAACCAAACGUGAAUAAAAUGGCAUAUGCAGGUACUCAAUAUUCCUCAAGAUUGCAGCUCUUGUGGAGUUUGGGGUCAUACAUGUGACGUCAUCGAAUUUAGUCGUGACGUCUUCAUGUAUUGCAUUAUGACAUGACAAUAUCAUGAUCUCAUGCUCCGCUGAACAUUCCAGUAAUUCAAUCUAUUCACAUGGGCGUCUCUGUAAGGGACAUCAUGUCUUUUGACCCGGACAUGUGCUGCACUCUGACAGAGAAAUACAGCCUAUUAAUUCACACCACAGGUGGGUGGGUUCAAUUUAUAGUGUGAUCAGUCUGCAUCUGCUAUCAAAAAUGUCAAAAGUUCAAGGAAAAAUCAAUGCAAUAUUUGGUUCUCGGCUGUUUUGUAUUUAAGGGUCUCUAGCAGGUGGUGGUCAUUGGUUACCUCACGUCCCCAGGUAUGCUACCAAAUAGCUGUAUACAUGCUUCCCGAAAUUGGUGGCUUGCAUUGGAACUAACUUUUUCCCCCUUGUACGUCAUUAAAGGCAUUCAAGUGUGUUGGUCAACCAUGACUAUCUCCUUUGUCCCUCCACCAUAAGGCCUAGUUUCCCCUUGUGACAUCACUAUUUCGAACUGAUUUCUCAGCGCCCCAUUUCUGGAAAGGUGUAUAGUACCCCGGCCCAGGUAUAUGGCACGGCUUAACCUGCCGGCCAUGAGGGAAUUCCUUUAUGGCCCAGUGGUUGGCGCGUUGGCCCCAGAGUGGAAGUUAAGCAACGGUCAACCUUUGGAUCGGUGACCGGCGCGUACCAUACAAUAGCUAUAAUUCUUGAAUGGACGCAAUGUUUUACAACGCAUGCACAAGAACAAUGAAAACACAAUGUAUGAAGGCGGAAGGAUCUUUUACGCCAUUCCUAUAGUUUAUGUAACAUUCAUUCAUCUGUGACCUUUUAUGCCCCUGUCUCUGGAAGAAAGGAUUAAAAAUCCACCCAGAAAGAAAUUCGGAUUGUUAAACUGUGCAGGGUCAGAGGUGUUAAGCGCUCGAUGGAGUUCUGUAUCGGGAAAAACUGGUGUGAGGUAACAGACAGUCACCACCUGUGUCACUACAGGGUGGCCCAGAAAUAUUUUCCCGCGCACACUAGAAUUCUAUUGUGUAUCCAUUGUGUGAGGGAAAAUAAUUCUGGGCCAUCCUGUAGUUUAAAAAAGCACCAAAGUCCUGCCUUUUUGGUGGCUGCAAAAAGGUACUAGUACAUGUAUUUGUCUAAUGGGAACUGUUGUACAGAUGAUGCACAUGAUAUAAACUGCAGACCAGUAAUUUUGUGAGCUUAUUAUUUUUAUGAUCAGGGGUGAUGACUUUUAAGAUAGAAGUAAGAGGUGCUAAAACCUUUCUCCUAUGCAUUUUCUGUGUAUUAUCUUGGCUUUGAAAAUAUUGGGGUGACAUGUCGAUAAAGUUUUAUCUUUUAGACUUUUAGGGCUCGUAGUGUUAGGAGACUUGGUGCUAUUUUUGCUUCUAGUUCUAGUCAAUAUACAUGUAGUUAUUCUUUUUAAAAAGCUAAUUAAUUUUUGGAAUGGUUUUGGUUUGGUGUCUACAUACAGUAGCACCUCUCCAUUAAGGACACCCUCGAGACUGACAAGUGCUGUCCUUAAAAGAGGGGUGUCCUGAUUAGAGAGGUCAAAUUGAAUGGAGACAACCAAUUUGGGACCAAACCGAGUGUCCGUAAUAGAGAGGUUGUCCUUAAUAGAGAGGUGUCCGCUAAGGUUGGUUCCACUGUAUUAUGUUUUAAAGUUUUCUGUAUGUCGGGGCAGACGUGGCUGGUUCUCCUGGAGAUAUUCCUCUCGUUUCAAAACCAGGAAGACAUUUUACAGCCGCCUGUGUACACACACUUGGGGGCCGACCAGCUGUAGGAAGUACAAGUACGAACUAAAAGAAAUCAAUAUUUGAUAAACCUUCUGGUGGGAUGGUGAAAAAUGAUGGUAAAAAAUCAAUAGCAUGGUUGUGUGUUAUCAGUGAUGUCAUGACCUCACUUCCAAGAAAUGAUAUCCGCAUGUGACUUUUGAGUGUUUGCCCAGCUCUGACAAAUUUCUUGUAGUUUGUUUGCAAACACUUCAAGGGCUCAAAGAAUAUCUCUGUGUUUAUAUUGUACAAAUUAAAGUUAACCCUCGCAGCCCUGCUAUGGAAGUACUGGUAUAUCUAUUGUACAGUGGAACCUCCCUUAGCAGACACCUCUCUAUUAAGGACAACCUCUCUAUUAAGGACACAAGUUUUGGUCCCAAGGUGGUCUGCGCCAUUUCCUCUCAUAUGUCCUCUCACUGUGCCAUGCUCUCAGCCAUUAAAAUAUGCUCCCAAACAACAUUAAGAGUUUAAAAAUGUGAAGUUGGGUGUUUUUUUUCUCCAGUUAUGCGAGUGGAAGGGAUGAGUGUUACAUGCUGUCAUGCAUGCACCGUUUAACUCAAUAAAGAUAAUGGAUUGAAGCUUAUUCCUAGCCACCUGCUACCAAUAAAUCCACAGUCCCUCAAGAGGAGAGAGGCCAGACUGAUGUAUUCACUAGACCGCCUUCCCAUUAAUGAAUUACAUUAUAAGAAUAAAAGUAUACAUGAAUAAUAAAAUCAUAUUUUCUUGAUCAGCAUAUAAUUUUGUUGAGACUAGGUUUUGACACUUCUGUGUGUUUAUCUUCAAAAAGGCUCUGUAACCUUGAAGAAAACUGAAUAAAUGCACUCGUACAUUGUUUGUAGACUUCAGCUCUGUCUUAAAAAAGAUUUAUUGCUUCUUGCCUCAAUUCUGUUUUGCUCUGGUCUCUACACUGCCUGAGUGUCACCCUGGUGCGUUUCCCAACUUGGCAAGAGUUAGUCUGGCAGUCCAGCUUACCGAGCCUGCUUGCUCUUGCCUCACCUGGGAGAGGAUAACGUUUUUCUCUACCAUUCGAAAAAAGGUUUUUUGAGUGUAAACAUCGUAACUUAAAUGAAAUAUGUUGUGUUUUUAAAUCUGUCAGUGUUAAGGAGGCUCUUCGAGCGCAUGAAAUAUGCCUCUAGAGAAAUGGCACCACAACUUUGUUUGUUUAGAGGACUGGUUAGAUAUGUGUGAUUCUUUACAAAUUGGGAAGAUGGUACUCCAUGAGGGUAAAUGCAUGUGUACUUGGCAUAAUAUCUGUACCGUACUUGUAAUCACUCGUCCCUAGACAAUCUGUAUUGACUUUCUCAGAAUAUUAUAUGCCAUAUUGAUCAAUAUGUUGAUUGAAUGUAUGGCCAUCCAACAGUUGAGAGCUUAAUUUGCCAAUAUAGAUUUUAUUCUGAAAUAGCAGCUAAUUUUGUAAUAGCUUGGCAAUUUGUGCCAUGUUCGAAUACAUAUGGCAAAGGCGUAGUUGGAAUUUUCAGGGGGUGGGAAAUACAACAGAUAAUCAUGGUCGUGGUUUGGUUUGAAAUUGAGAGAUUUUCUCACUCUCGGUCUCAGUGAAAAUUUUCAAAUAGUUUUUUUCAGUAUGAGUAUAAAGUCUGCAGUGGUGUAUCUGAGGAAAAGCAGGGUGCCCUAGAGUAAGUGGUUUCUAGGGUCAAUCUACCAAAGUUACGAUGGUUGAUUUGAAAAAACAUCAGGCUAAACUUUAGAAUCCCCGAUCGGAAAUGACGUAGUUUGAUCGCAUUCAACUAUAAAUCCAUUGAACAGUGGUGCUUCGUUAGUCAACCGAUGACCUUUUUUUGGGGUGUGAUCGGGGAUUGUAAACUCGUUCCAAACAUCAAAUGGGAGAUGGGCCACCCACCCCUGUUUCCUGGAUCAUACCAAUGCUCUGUGAUGUGUUUGGAAAAUUGACAGUGGAUAAGCUUACAAAACUGUAUUGCCAGAAUGGGACCAUUCUGAUUUUUUAAUUAAAGCACUGUUAGUUAGACAAAAUAUGUAUAAAGUGGUCCGGUUUCAGCUUUGUAUAUUUGUCUACACAGUGAUUGCUUUUCGACUGUGAAGCCACCUGGUGUUAAAUGUUGGAACUGAAAUGUUGCAGUUCCUGUCUCUAUCGAUAGUUUUGGUUUGUUGACUGUCCAGGGUGGUUACUGUUUUGGCUUAUCAUAUUAGUUUGAUUUUAGAAGAGUUGAAUACUUUCUAUAACGAGUGCCAUAUUAAGGGUGUAUUCGAUUUGAUAGUUCAUAAUCCAUGUGGGUGAAAUAAAUGAAUUAGAAAACUCUUGUCAAUAAUCACAUGAAUUUAUUGCGGAUGCUCAAUAUAAACUUUGUGUACUUCACACUUGGUAGAUCCGUUGUCCACUGUUAGUGAUUAUUCAUGAGUCUUAAUUUUUCCUGCUUGUCAGACAAGGAUCAAGGAUUAAUCAUGGGCACCACCAUUUCGGCUGGAACUUGCAAUCCUAAAGCCAUCAGAACUCCUUCAAAACAAGUGUAUGCCAAUUCAAAGGGUGGCAAUAUCUUCUUUGCUUUCCAGAGAAUAGCUUCCCAGAUUUUAAAAUGGAAUUCACGUCAUUUUGAAGAAGUAUUGAUUUCAAAUUCUAGCCAAAAUGGAGGUACCUAUGGUCAUCCUUCAAAAGGCUCAAUCAAGAAAUGCUGAUGAAAAUAGGGCAUUUGAAUAGCCCUGUGAAAAUUUCUUGGCGAGAUGAUCCUUCUAAGCUACUGUUGGUUCACUUGUAACAUAUAUCUUGCAAACUAGGCCUAGUUGUUACUGUAAGAAACAUGUCAACGCGAUAAUAAGAGCUAACAUGCUUUCUAACAACAGACCCUAAGUGCUACAUCUAGGUAGGAUUAGAUGCUAGUUUUUGCUAAGUAAUGCAGUCAUCUCUGAACUAAUGAUAUUUACUACAAGAAUGAAGGUAUCUCUCCUUUUCUUUAGCUAUUCUAAAUAAUGAGUGUGUGUUGGGGGCUAUGCCAUUGGUCAUUUUUGAGAAGUCGUCAUAUAAUCUGUAGUUUAUCUUAUAAAUGGAAUGUGCUAUUGCUAGUCAUGUAAUGCUUUGUAAAUUAUACCAGCAAUUUGGCUUGAUGUAAUAGACAAUAUCACUGCUUGUACGAUGUAUUCAUGUACAUGCACAUUUCCAAGGUUCUAUAUAUGUAUCCGAGCAGAUGAAACAUUCCAAUAAAAUUA